AUGUCUUCUAAUGUAAAUAGAGGCGGAACUGCAUUUUCCUCUUCAUCUAAACAAAUACGACUUGAAGAUUCUUCUUUCUUUUCAUCACUUUCUUUCUUUUUUUACUUUAUUAAUUUUUCAAUUCCUUAUACUCUCUCCAUCGCUCUUUUCUUUAUUAAUUUUUCAUUUCCUUAUUUUCCCCCAUCUCCCUCCCUUUCUUUCUUUCUUUCUUUCUUUCUUAAUUUUUCAUUUACUUAUUUUCUCCCUCUGUCACUUUCUUUCAUUCUCUCUCUCUCUUUCUUUCUUUCUCUCUCUCUUUCUUUCUUUCUUUCUUUCUUAAUAUUCACUCUGCAUAUUACAAGCGUAUUCAAUUGUUAUCAUGUCGUUUCGAACAUUGGUCUUUCUUUUCCCCUUAAUUUAUUUCAUUUUUCCUUUCUUUUCUUUGAAUUUUCUAUUCUUUUUCUCUUUCCCAUUGAUUUUUUAAUUUCUUAUAUUUAA